AUGAUUGAAUCGAUCUUGAAGAAGACAGUCACAGUUACACGCACCAUGACGGAAACCAUCACGGACGGUGUUCCUUUCCCGGAGCCCACCACGACUUCGACCUCGUCGGUGGCUCCUAUUCCUACAGUUAUCCCAGGAGGGCAUCCUACUUUCCAGGAAAUCAACGAGGCCGGGAAACGGACCUUAUGGGUUGUCGCUGUGCUCAUGGCCCUGUCGUCUCUGGUAUUCUAUAUUCUCAGCAACCGCGUCCAGCUCCCCAAACGUGUUGUACACUACCUCGUCUCCGUCUCGACUACAGUCUCGUUCAUCGUUUACCUCGCUCUCGCUACCGGACAAGGCAUGGACUGGAAGCACGACUCUGUGAAGCACGUCCACAAGCACGUUCCCAACACCGACCACGAGGUCAUCCGUCAGGUCCUCUGGCUGCGCUAUGUCAACUGGUUCGUCACGGAUCCUCUGAUCCUCACAGCCUUGACCCUUCUUUCUGGUCUCCCCGGAGCGCACUUGUUUGCCGCCAUUGCUGCAGAUUAUAUCAUGCUCGCCUCUGGUAUUUUUGGCACCUACGCUGGCCACACGUCGCGCAGAUGGGUAUGGUUCGUUAUUAGCGCGAUCUCGUACAUCACCGUUGUCUACCACAUCGGCAUCAAGGGAUCCAGGGCCGCGAGCACAAGGGAAAACCACACCCGCCGUCUGUUCGGAGCCAUUGCUACUACCGCACUUCUCGCCAAGGCGUUGUACCCAAUUACUCUCGCCGCUGGCGCCCUUGCUCUUAAGGUUGGAAUCACCGCCGAGACCGUCCUGUUCGCGAUCCACGAUAUCAUUAUUCAGGGCAUUCUCGGCUACUGGCUCGUGAUUGCCAACGACGCAGCUACUGGAACAAAUCUCUACGUCGACGGCUUCUGGUCGAGUGGACACGGCAACGAGGGAGCGAUCCGCAUUGACGAAGAAGAAGGUGCUUAG